UUCAGAUAUAUUUGGAAACAACCAGAAUGCCUCUGUCAGGUGUCCAUCUAGCAUAGCAUAAUCUGUUUGGAUGACAGUAGGGGAAGCGUAGAGAAAAGGCUUUUGUAUCAGGAACUGAAGUCUUUAUCUCCUGCAGGCAAGAGAGAUGCUUUACUCCAGAAACACACAAUACUUUGGAGAAAGCAUCGGUAUUAGUCAAAAGUAGUGCAGAUAAAAAUAAAGAUAAGGGCGGUGCAAACUUCCCACAUACCUUGAAAGAGGCGGCUGCAGCACCUAGACUCAUUAAAGUAGCCACAUCUGUUUUAAACCCAGAACAUUAUCAUUUUGUUCUGGAGGAUCUGCCAAACCAUUUUGGAUCAGCCACAGUUGGGUGGAAACAAGACCUUGGAAGAUGGGGUUGUUCCAGGUUUUAGACAAAACAAAAUCCUAAGGGAUCCCAGGAUGAUUUUAUGGGGUAUGGCUGGUAGGUGUAACUCCCCUCUCUUUUCUUUCCAUCAGCAGCUCCUAGUCCAGCAUACCCCACCAACCUUCUCACCAAACCCCCUGAUCUUCUCAGCAGCCUCCCCUCCCUACCCUUGCCUUUUCCCUUCUCUUUCCUCCACCAAUCCUUUCUAGUCAGAACAAGAAAUAAUCUGUAUCCAGAACCAAACAGCCCCAUUUCAUUCCAGAUACAGACCAAAAUGUCCAAAACACAUGUUUUGGUUUAAGUAGAGAUAAUCUGAAACCAGCUGUUCAGUACACAGAGAAUGUUGUACAUCCCUAAUGGAAUUUUCUGCUUCAAGAUGGGGUGAUGGCCACCAACUUGUAUAGCUUUAAAGGGGCACAUUACUGGUGACUAGUCUAUCAAGGAUUUUUAGUCUAAAAGAUACACCAAAGAUACAGUCUUGGCUGGAAGUUCAGAUAGCCUCCAGAUACCAGUUUAGAGGAACAACAGAAGGAGAGCUAUAUCUUCACCCCUUGCUUGGGAGUUGCCCAAAAGCAUCUGGUUGGCCAUAAGGAGAAACCAAAUACUGGUCUAAGAUGGGGCUUGGCCUUAUCCAGCAUGGCUGUUCGGAUGUUCUUAGGAAGAAGCAGUGGGUUAAGCUCCAACUCUUUAACCUCCAUUCCAGAAAGUUCAGAAGAAAACAGACUCCUUUGUCUGAAUGUCCAAUGUCUUUGAGAUGAUCCUCUUCCUUUCUCUUUCAGCCAUGGCAGAUUCCUAUUCCUACAGAGUUGGAAAGAAGGUUGCGGGAUCCAGCAAGAGCAACGCAGAGAGAGAAAGCAGCAAGGCGGAACUGAAGCUCCAUCCAGCAUAUGAACAGUCUAACCUGGGAAAUGCAACAAUUGACAAAACAGAAGGCAAACGGAAAGGAAGGCCCAAGACAGAAAAUCAGGCCUUGAAAGAUAUUCCUCUGCCUCUGAUGAAUCAGUGGAAAGAUGAAUUUAAGGCUCACUCCAGGGUGAAAUGUCCUAACUCUGGCUGCUGGCUGGAAUUUCCGAGCAUCUAUGGCCUGAAAUAUCACUUCCAGCGUUGUCAAGGGGGGGCCAUUGUAGAAAAACGCACCUUCCCGUGUCCCUAUUGCGAAGCCGUGUUCACAUCCAAAACCCAGCUGGAGAAGCAUUGCCUCUGGAAUCACUUGGACAGGCCGUUGCCAGCGGCUGCCCCUCCAGCAGAAAACAAAGUGCAGAAGGCGACCAGCAAGGGUGGAGGGAAGAAAAGAGCUGCUGAACGGUCCACUUCCCCCACCAUCCACCCCAAACAAGCCAAGGUGGAGAAGGCCAUAGCCUUGCAGCACCCCGAGAACGGAGAGCACGCGGCCGUGAGCCAGGGCCUCAGGGAUCUGCAGACCGCUGCAGCUGGCGGCGGGGGAAUGGCUGCAACCCCGGUUGGCCAGCCGCCCGGCAGCCGAGGCACCAAACAUCAGGCGAGCAGGCAGGCCUUUAAGCAGGAGGAAGACCCCGAAAGGAUGAAGCACAGAAGGAAACAGAAAACUCCUAAGAAAUUUACUGGGGAGCAGCCAUCCAUCUCAGGAACCUUUGGAUUAAAAGGGCUGGCGAAAGCAGAAGAUAAGGCGAAGGCACACCGAGCAAAGAACCUGGAGGCCUCCCUACUCAGCAGUAACACUGAAGAUCACAAGAAAAAGCUGCCAGGAUCCAGUAUGAAAAAGGAGGCUGCCACCAUAGCAGCAACAGCUCCUUCAACUACAGCAAGCCCUGAGGAGCAGUGGCAGCGGACGAUCAAUGAGAAGGGAGAGGUCGCUUGUCCAACAUGUGGCAUGAUCACCCGGAAGACGGUCCUUGGUCUUAAGAAGCACAUGGAAGUCUGCCAAAAACUGCAGGAUGCUUUGAAAUGCCAGCACUGUAAAAAACAGUUCAAGUCCAAAGCGGGGUUGAAUUAUCACACGAUGGCUGAGCACGUGAACAAGCCUGUUCCCGUGGAAGCUGCUGUCCCGCUCAGUGAACUCGGAGACAGGGAAAGGCUGAGGAAAGUGUUAAAGCAGAUGGGGAAACUCAAAUGCCCAAAUGAGGGUUGCGUGGCCACCUUCUCCAGUCUUAUGGGGUACCAGUAUCACCAGAAGCGAUGUGGGAAGCAGCCAUCAGAGGUGGAGAAACCGGUCUUCACCUGCCCCCACUGUGGAAAGACGUACAAGUCGAAAGCUGGACAUGACUACCACAUCCGCUCUGAGCAUCCGUCGACGCCCCCAGAGCAGCCUGAGCUGAAGCCCGAAGCCAGCCCCACCGAAGAUUUCGAGAGGACCCCCAGCGGCCGCAUCCGGCGCACCUCCGCCCAAGUCGCCGUCUUCCACUUGCAGGAGAUAGCGGAGGACGAGCUGGCCAAGGACUGGACCAAGCGGCGGAUGAAGGACGAUCUGGUCCCCGAAACAAAGCAACUAAAUUAUACUCGGCCUGGACUUCCAAAAUUGAACCCGAGGCUUUUGGAGACCUGGAAGAAUGAAGUAAAAGAAAAAGGACACAUCAAUUGCCCAAAUGACUGCUGUGCAGCCAUUUACUGUAGUGUGUCUGGCCUAAAAGCCCACCUGGCCAACUGUAACAAGGGAGGCCAUUCUGUGGGCAAAUAUCGUUGUCUUCUGUGUCAGAAGGAGUUUAGCUCAGAAAGCGGAGUCAAGUACCACAUCAUCAAGACGCACUCAGAGAACUGGUUCCACACCUCCACCGAUGCUUCUAGGAAGAAAAAGAGCAAAGAAAAAGAACAGAGGACGCCCAACAAUGAAGAGCAAAAGACAAGCGCAGAUGGGAAAAAACGGGGCCGGAAGCCGAAGGAGAGGCCUCCAGAAGUUUUUCCUAAAGACAGAGAGAUCAUCCUGGGAAAAAUUAACCAUAAGAAAGCCACUGGAUCGUGGCCGGUGGCAAACUGCCUCCUGGAUGGGAAGGAUAGAGGUAACAAGUCCUUCCACGCCAAGAAAGGGGGGGCUAAUAAGAUGCCAGAGAAAUAAGCAGAGGGGGCAGAAAAAACUCUUUAAAGGUUAGUUUACAGGGUGACGGGUGACCGGGAUGUUCCUUCCAUGGCUGAGCCCCUCCCCGUUCUGCUCCCUUUUAAUUAAAAAAAAGCAUAAAUGACAAACCACUUUAAAGCCUGAACACAGACAUUGGGUUUUACCUUGGAAGAGGAACUCAACCCGCUGGUGUGACUUCUUCCGUCAGAACCCCGCCUGGAUUGUAUAUAAUGCCAGCCCUGGUGGGCAGCCCCCGGUUUGCAAACUGCGUCCACGUCUGGGUUGGCUCACAUGGCGAGGGGGUCAAAAGAGACGCUGCAGGAGCAGGAGAGUGAAGUGCAAUAGGUAAAGCUUUUCCUUCUCUGUUGUGGAUUGCUUUUCGGGUAGCGGACAUGUGUUAGGAAACAGAGCGCGUCGGAGUUCCGCAAACGAAAACAAAUGUUGUGGUUGUGGUUGAAAACCCAGCUUACUUUUAUAAUUUUCAUAGGAAAUGCAUUUAAAACAAAAUCUGAGAUUGUUUGACAAUGAACAGUGGGAGGCUGGGGGGUUGGGUUGGGUUUAUUAUUAUUAAAUACCCUGAUUUUGAAAAUUUUUGUUGGUUUUUAUGGUCCAACCAGAGAAAAAACCAAGAGGCUGGUGCUCUGGCCGUAAUUUGGAUGACAAGGCUUUGGAAAGAGAAACAUUUGGGGAAAGUGUUAUUGGAGAAGGGAACUUUUGGCAUUAAGAUGCUUUUGGAAGUUUUCUCAAAGAGGGAGAUUUAAUUGUGGAAAAUACAGGGCCCUUCUGUGAAACCCUUUUUUUAGUUAAGCUUUGAAAAGAAGGUGGAAAAAAUGCUUUUGAAAAUAUCCCAAGGAGAAAGCUCUUGCUAAGUCGGUUUAAUGAAUUAAUUAAUUAAUCUGUCAAUUUUUUUUCUGUAAUGCUUGGAAACGCAUUGGUGUGGGAUCGUACAGUUUGCUAUAUGUUGCUGAUAUGUAUAUUACAUUGAUGCAAUGUCUUUGAUCCCCACCAUCUAUGCCUAGAGUUGAACUCAAAGGCAGGGAUGGGUGAAUAUAUGCAUUUGGGUUUUCUCCAUUUCUCAUUUGUGCAGAUCAAUCUGGUUCCUUGAAACUGAGAUUUUUUUUUCUUCGAGUUUGCACUAAAAUUUGUAUGCACUUGAGUGCACAUUUCUCCAAGCAUAAACAUUUUUGUCUGCAUUUUUCCUAACAUGCUCUGUUUUUGCAGUUAUUGCAAAUGCAUAUUUGUACAUUAUUUCAUGAAUGCAGAUGUUAUUGUGUAGUCUUCUCCCUAAACAACGAUGAAAUGCUUUGCAAAGUUUGAGAAAGUGUGGAUUUCAAAUGAGAAUAAAGUUUCAGUCCUUGUAUUAGUUCAAAUAUGCCAACUUAGCAAAGGUAGCAUUCAAAUGCCCCAUUCUUAAUCUGAUCUGCCUUUCACACAUACCACUAUAGGUAUAUUUGAGUUCACAAUGUGGACCCAGGAAUUCCUAGAAAAAGUUGGCUGGCAUUUUUCCAAAGAACUUGCUUUCUGCUUUGUCCUAAAGCAUCAAAUUUAGCUUACCUGUAACUCUCAAAGUGGCGGUAGUCCUAUAUUUGAACUGUACCACUUUCAGCUGUGGGGAGGUACAGGAAUUUUUCUCCAUGCAAAACAACAGCUAGGUUGUAAAAUACAAGUAAUUCUUGGUUAAUGACAGUAAAUUGGGACCGGCAACUUUGUCACUAAGCAGCGUGGUUGUAAAGCAUGUCAUGUGACUGCACCGACUUACGACAGUUCCAGUUGCCAUUGUUAGGCGAAUCCCAUGCAGUUGCAGCACUCCACAGCCACAUGAUCUCCAUUUGCAUCCUCCUGCCAGCUUCUCCAUUGACUUUGCUUGUUGGAAGCCA